AAUCAAUUAAAUUAAAAGAGGUUAGACAUAAUAUUGGCAUUUCUGUCGUUAGUGCAUUUUUAUAUAUUUUUUAAAUUUAUCGGACCUGAAUAUUAAUUAAUACAGUUAUCGUUUAUAUAAGACGACAUAAAAAUUGAGCUCAAAGAAAAUAGAAAAAACAAAGUACAUAGCUUUCAUACCAUGAAUUAAAAUUGCCGUUGAUUGAAGUUUGGUGGGGGAACUUAUUCAAAUCAGACAUUUUGGUUGGGCCAAUCUGUUUUUAUUCCAACAUUUUGUAGAGGUAUAAACAAUGAAUGAAUCAUAAAUUAAAUCUAGAUCACUGUCAAAUACUGGUUUAUUUUAUUUUUGAAUUUUAUUAAGCCUAAACAACCAUGGAAGAUGAAGAAUAUAAGAAAUUGCCCGUUGAUGAGAAAUGUGUACACAAGUUAUGGAAAGCCAGAGUUAAUGGAUAUGAAGAAGUUACCAAGUUAUUUAGACAGAUUGAUGAUGAGAAAUCUCCAGAAUUUAGCAAAUACCUAGGUUUAGUCAAGAAAUUUGUUGUUGAUAGCAAUGCUAUGGGCCAGGAGAAAGGAUUGGAAGCUACUUUAGCCUAUGUGGAAAACUAUGCACAUGCUGGUAAAACAGUCUCAGAAGUCAUGUCAGGGGUGGUUACAAAAUGUAUGGCAGCGCCCAAAACAAAAACAAGGGAGCUUGCUCUCCAGUUAACGUUAAUGUAUGUUGAGAUUGAAAAACAUGAGGCUGUGGAGGAGGAACUUAUUAAGGGUAUGGAGCUGAAAAAUCCAAAAAUUGUAACAGCAUGUGUAAAUGCUGUUACUGUUGCUCUGAGAGAAUUUGGGUCCAAAAUUAUCAAUGUAAAACCACUCUUAAAAAAGAUCAGUGUACUUCUAGCUGAUAGGGAUAAGGCUGUUCGAGAUGAAACAAAGAUGAUGAUUGUAGAAAUGUAUAGAUGGAUUGGUGGAGCUCUUAGACCUCAAUUGCAAGCUGCCAGUUUACAGCCUGUACAGAUUACUGAAUUGGAAACGGAGUUUUCAAAAAUUGAAGGUCAGAAAGCUGUGCCAACAAGAUAUAUCAGGUCCCAACAAGCAAAGCAGGCUAAAUUAGCAGAACAAAUCGCUGAGGCGGCUGGCGAAGAAGAGGAGGAGGAGGAGGAUGUAGUCCAGGAUAUUGACCCUUACGAAUUGGCCACACCUGUGGAAAUCUUGUCUAAACUGCCCAAAGAUUUUUAUGAAAAAAUGGAAGCUAAAAAAUGGCAGGAGAGGAAAGAAGCUCUGGAAAUAGUUGAGAAUUUGGUUAAAACUCCAAAGUUGGAAAAUGGAGAUUAUGGGGAUCUAGUUCGAGCUCUUAAGAAGGUAGUCCAAAAGGACAGUAACGUAGUAUGCGUGGCCACGGCGGGUCGAUGUAUCGCAGGGCUUGCCAGCGGCUUAAAAAAGAAAUUCUCGACGUACGCCGGAUUCUGCAUUCCGGCGAUCUUGGAAAAAUUCAAAGAGAAAAAACAAAACGUCCUUACGGCAUUGAGGGACGCCAUCGACGCUGUGUAUUUAACGACAAAUCUUGAAGCCAUAUUAGAAGAUGUUGUGGAAGCACUUAACAAUAAGAACCCAUCAGUUAAAACGGAAACGUCACUGUUCUUGGCAAGAGCAUUUACAAAAACAGUUUCCACCACCGUCAAUAAAAAAUUACUGAAAGCGUUAACUGCUGCAUUAACCAAAACGAUAAACGAAUCAGAUCCAGCUGUCAGGGAAGCAUCUGCAGAAUCCUUAGGAACACUAAUGAAGCUAGUAGGAGAAAAAACGAUCGGUCCAUUUUUGGUUGAAUUAGAAAAAGACAAUCUAAAAAUGACAAAGAUCAAAGAGUUCUGUGAUAGCGCGGUCAUUGUUGUCAAGGCUCCUGGAGCAAAGAAGGAACGACCGGCCGCAGCUGCUGCUAAACCAGCACCUGCCAAAACGGCCGCCUCUAAACCGGAGGCCAAAAAACCUGCAGUAACAGCAAAGAAGAAACCAGAAAUAUCUUCAGGUACAGCCACAGUGGUUAGAUCAAAGGGGCCUAAAGGUUUAUCGAAAUCUGCCUCGCAAAAUGUUGAAAAAGAACUAGCCGACGAAGAAGUUGAGGGAAUUGUUAGCGAUGUCAUAUCUGCUAGUGUUGUGUCGGACAUUGCCAGCACCAAUUGGAAAACAAGACUGGCAGCUGCAGAACAACUUUUAACAGAAUUAAAAGGCUUAAACUCGGUACCAACUCAAGCAAUCGUUAAAUUCGUCGCCAAGAAGCCCGGUCUUAAGGAUACCAACGUCCAAGUACUUAAAGCUAAAAUAGAAGUCAUCAAAUACUUAGCCGAAAAUACGAAAUUCACGAUAACGUCAGCUAGUUGUUGCGUGCCAGACAUGUCAGAAAAGUUUUCAGAUGCCAAGAACGGUGCCGCCGUCGCUGAGACGCUAAGCGCCAUAGCGGAGGCCACUACCUUUGGACAAGUAGCCGAUAUGGUUUUAGAUUUUGCCUUCGGACAAAAAAGUCCCAAAGUCCAACAGGAGGCCUUAACUUGGUUGUCUGGGGCCAUCAAGGAAUUUGGAUUUUCCAAUUUGAACGUCAAAUUUCUAAUCGACAACUGUAAGAAAGCAUUGAGCUCCACUAAUCCAGCGGUAAGACAAACGGCCGUCUCGUUGUUAGGAAUUAUGUACCUAUACAUGGGUGCAACUCUAAACGUAUUUUUCGAAAAUGAGAAACCGGCACUGCGAGAUCAAAUCAACGCUGAAUGUGAUAAGUAUGAAGGCGAGAAGCCUCCGCCCCCAACAAGAGGCGUGGUGAAGUCAGCAAGCACAGACAGUCUAGAUGUGGUAGAAGACGACGAACCAGAGCAAGUAAAUAUCCAAGAUCUUAUUCCUAGAGUGGAUAUCAGCGGUCAAAUAACUGACACUAUUCUAACAGAACUAAGUGAUAAGAACUGGAAAGUCCGAAAUGAAGCGGUGGCCAAAGUGGCAACGAUUAUUAGCGAUGCUAAAUUCAUAAAAUCGAAUUUAGGUGAUUUGCCCCAAGCUUUAGGUGUCAGGUUAACAGAUAGCAACGUGAAAAUUGCUAUGUCGUCGUUGGCGCUUUGCGAAGCCCUUGCCAAGGCCAUGGGACCACCGUUUAAACAGUACGUUAGAGUAUUCUUUCCAGGAGUGCUACAGGGCUUGGGAGAUAGCAAGGCUGCUUUGAGGGCUGCGUCACUGGAGACCAUAAAUACUUUUACUGAGCAAUGUGGUUACAAGGAAUUUUUCGACGGUGAAAUGAUCGCAGAUGCAUUGAAAUCUGGUUCCCCCACACUAAGAAUUGAACUUUGGAAUUGGCUGGCCCAAAAUGUCCCAAAAAUUCCUCCUAAACAGAUACCAAAAGAAGAGUUAGUCGUGUGUGUACCUCACCUUUACAGCAAUUUGGAAGAUAGAAAUGCAGACGUUCGAAAAAAUGCACAGGAAGCGAUUCUAGGUAUUAUGAUACAUUUAGGGUAUGACAGCAUGGUUAAACAGACCGAAAAAUUGAAACCCGGUUCCAAAACUGUCAUUGUGGCUGUAUUAGAAAAAGUGAGACCCAACUUACCAGUCAAACCAUUACCUACGAAAAAGCAGGCUUCUGAAAGAGAGGAUAAGGUAGUGAAAGGAACAAAACCUGUUGCUAAUGCUAAAAAUGCUGUUAAAUCAAAGUCUGCGACUUCAGCGAAGGCUGCGCCCGCAGCAGCUAGCCGCAAAAAGGAUGAUGAUAUCGAUACUUCACCACUGUUGGUUGUUAAUAAUUUGAAACACCAAAGAACCAUCGACGAACAGAAGUUAAAGGUUUUAAAGUGGAAUUUCACACAGCCACGAGAGGAAUUUGUUGAUUUGCUAAAGGAUCAAAUGGCGGCUGCAAAUGUUAAUAAAACACUUACGUCUAACAUGUUCCACGCAGAUUUCAGAUACCACAUCAAAGCUCUGGAGUCACUAACCGAUGAUUUAGCCGGCAAUGGUCAAGCGCUUAUGUCUAAUUUGGAUCUUAUACUUAAAUGGUUAACACUACGGUUUUUCGAUACCAAUCCUUCAGUUCUGCUAAAGGGUCUUGAGUAUUUGCAGUUCGUUUUUAAUAUGCUCAUUGACACAAAAUACCGAAUGUUGGAAAAUGAAGCAUCUGCGUUUAUUCCGUACCUCAUAAAUAAGAUAGGAGAUCCGAAAGACUCAGUUCGGAAUGGCGUGAAAGCAUUGUUAAACCAACUAAAUAGACUAUUUCCUGUUAAUAAAUUAUCGACGUAUGUGAUGGAAGGAGUUAAAUCCAAAAACGCAAGACAAAGGGCAGAAUGUUUGGAAGUUAUGGGUGGUAUCAUUGAAGAUUUCGGCAUUACUGUAUGUAUGCCGACGCCCAUGGCGUGUCUUAAAGAAGUGGCCAAACAAAUUUCUGAUCGAGACAACUCCGUAAGAAAUGCCGCUCUUAACUGUGUUGUGCAGGCCUAUAAUAUUGUCGGUGAAAAAGUUUAUAAACUAGUUGGAAACAUAUCUGAUAAGGAUAUGUCGUUGUUAGAAGAAAGAAUAAAACGGUCUAGUAGGAAGACUUUACCUAAUAGUAGGAAUACUAUGAAUUUACCUAAAGCUGAUCUUAGUUCCGCGGUUGUAACAACUUUGAUAUCUCCUCAGAAGGAAAACACUCCCCCUAAUAGAAUUUCUUUAAGCAAUACGCAUAUAGUAAACGAUGUGGAUAAUGAGAGUGAUCAAGAUGAGGAUAUAGAUGAAGAAAUGUUGCCACAAGUGAAUUUGCCGCAAAUGAUUGUACCAGAACCGCCUAAGGAAAUUCAGGGGCCAUUCAAAUUAGACCCAGAGUUCAUGAAAGAACUGGAGAGAACUAAACCUCCAAAGCCAGUUAAGCCUUCUCUGAAGUCAUACGAUAUUAGCUUCUUAAAUGAAGAGAUUAGAGUCCCGACCAUCGAAGAAGCGAGAGCCCAGGUACGAGCCAAAGCUGGAACUCAGCCCGUAGCUUUUGGGGAAGCCGUUUCAAGAGUUAGCCUCGGUAAUUUUACCAGUCCCAAAAAACAAAACCCAGUGAUUGAGAGACUGAUUAAACAGAUGGGUUCUCCAAACCAUACUGCUGCAUUAGCGGCAAUGACCCAAUUACAUGAAACACUCACUCAAACGAGGAGCAAUACGUUGAUUGACUAUGAAGAUGAGUUCAUGAAUACAAUAAUUUCCCAGUUUAAACAAUUGCAGGAUCUACAAGUUACUGUAGAUUCGUCGACACUAAAGAUGUAUAGAAAUUUACUCACUACCAUAGAUGCUUUCUAUAUAAAUAAGGCAUUGGGAAGCCGAGUUUCAGUUCCUGUUAUUAAAGAGCUUAUGCAUCAAAUGAUCACUUUACUAGUUGAAGAAAGGUUAAAUAAAGUGCCCAAUGGAGAAGCUUACGUAAGAGUAAUUAACCUGCAUUGCGUCAAAGUGAUUGAGAGAUCUGACCACACAAACACUAUAUGUGCUUUGGUAAAACUAAUAAACGAGUGCAUUAGUAAUGAAAGUUCCGCAAGACACGUGGACCUCGUAAUGAAAUGUCUCUGGAGAGUGAUAAAGUUGAUGCCCCAAUGGGGCGAUACCAUAGACUAUGAUUCUGUAUUAUUAGAAGUACAUCACUUCUUGAGGAAGUUCCCGUCAUCGUGGUGGAAGACUAAGGAUGUCGAUACACCGCUCAGGACUGUUAAAACCAUUCUCCAUUCUAGUGCAAAGAUUAAGGGAGGUGCCAUAAUGUUACAUUUGGGAAAGAUACCGAACACUAGUGAAUCAGAGGUUGAAUCGUAUAUAUUAAGAGUACUCAAGAGUUUAAAAAUAUCCGAAGUUCAGCAUCUACCGGCGAAACAAGACGCUCAAAGGAGAUCGCUUUCGAGAGCAAAUCACAAGAUGCUAACAGAUAUUUUCCAGAAAAUAGGUAGCAAGGAUGAAACUAAAGAAGGAUUGAAUUUGCUGUAUGAUUUUAUGCAACAUCAUCCUGAAGCAGAUAUCGAGCCGUUCUUGUCAAACUCAAGCAAAUUUUUCCAAGAUUAUAUUAGAAAUGGCCUUAAAGAGAUAGAAGAUUCUAGGAAAAGUAGUAAAACUGCUAUUAGUGAAAAAGUUAAUGAGCACAACCAAGAAAAGGCAGAGUUGCAGAACCCAGGGAAUGACCUCCUACGAAAAAGUCCGGAAUAUUAUAAAGAAAGGCUGGAUAUGUGGAACCAGCUCUUCGAUCAAUUAAAGUUAGGAAAAAAUAUAGAAAUCCCAGAAUAAAUUAUGUAUUAGCAGUAAAACGUCCUGUUACAUUAGAGAUACACGCAAAAAUUUCCCAUUAAUAUGUAGAACAGAUAUAUAACAGAAAUUGAUGUAAUUCAACUCUUAUACAAUGACUCAUGUGUAGCCUAUUUAUUUUUCUCUAACUUUGUGAUAGACAUAACAUUUUAGUCGUUCAUACAUCGUUUUAAUUCGAUUUAAUUAUAUGUAUCUGUUUUUAAGACUUCUCGAACGUUUAUUCUUGGCAAAAGAUAUGUUGUUGACACUAUUAAUAGACGGAGAGGCAGCGCUGAAAAAUCUCUUUGAAUUUACUAAAGCUAAAUUUUUCACAGUUUAUUACUGUGAUUGUGUAGAGAAACAUACUGCGGUCGGUCAAGCGAAACGUACAACAGGGGUUACUGAGAGGGUAUCAAAGUUGCUUUCCUACGAAGGUAAUUAAAUCCAUUUACUAAGGCUUAAAAUCAGUACACACAUUCUAAAUUGAAUAUAAAUAAAAGUUAUUAUAGUCGGUCAGCUGUAUGACAGGACAGAGCCGGUCGGUCGGCCCCAAUGAAUGUACAGGGUUAUUCACUAUAUAUUGACCCUCUUGUAAACUGCUUUAUUUGCAGAAUUAGAAAAAAAUUUAAAAUAAAAAAAUUAUUCCAUUCUUUAAUUAUGAUUUUUUGACAUAUAUCGUACUGUGACGUCAUCCAUCUGGGCGUGAUGACGUAAUCGACUAUUUUUUUAAAUGAGAAUAGGGGUCGUGUGCCAGCUCAUUUGAAAGGUUAUUCAAUUCUCUAUACAGUACUAUAAACAUUAAGAUCAUUAUUUAUACAGGGUGUCCAAAAAUUUUUUUUGAAUUAUUAAUUAAACAAUUAAUUUAAUUAAAAAAAAUUUUUGGACACCCUGUAUAAUUAAUCAUGUUAAUGUUUAUAUUACUGAAUAGGAAAUUGAAUAAUCUUUUAAAUGAGCUAGCACUCGACCCCUAUUCCCAUUUAAAACAAUAGUCGAUUACGUCAUCACGCCCAGAUGGAUGACGUCACAAGUACGAUAUCCAGGGGUUCGAGCGAAAACCCGAUAACUAAAAAUAACAUUGUUUCGAAAUAACCGCGAUUAAAGAUUUUAGGAAGUUUGAAGAAGAUUUCAAAUCGUCAUAGGAAGUUCAAUCAAAUCGUCAUUAAACUUUCUAUGACGAUUUGAAAACUUUUUCAAACUUCCUAAAAUCUUUAAUCGCGAUUAUCUCGAAACAAUGUUAUUUUUAGUUAUCGGGUUUUCGCUCGAACCCCUCGAUAUAUAUGUCAAAAAAUCAUAAUUUAAAAAUCGAAUAACUUUUGUAUCUUACAUUUUUUUCUAAUUCUGUAAAUAAAGCAGUUUAUAAGGGGGUCAAAAUAUAGUGAAUAACCAUGUACAUUCACUGGGGCCGACCGACCGGCUCUGUCCCGUCAUACAGCUGACCGACUAUAAUAACUUUUAUUUAUAUUUAAUGUACAAUGUGUGUACUGAUGUUCAGCCUUAGUAAAUGGAUUUAAUUACCUUCGUAGGAAAACAACUUUGAUACCCUCUCAGUAACCCCUGUUCUACGUUUCGCUUGACCGACCGCAGUAUGUUUCUCUACACAAUCACAGUAAUCAACUGUGAAAAAUCUAGCUUUAGUAAAUUCAAAGAGAUUUUUCAGCGCUGCCUCUUGGACUAUAACAUGAUAUAAUAUUGAUUAAUCCUGAGGUCGAUUCUAAUAGUGAUACACCUACCUAUCUUUAUCCAGCUUUUAUUUAUACUGAGUGCCUGUAAUCUUAUUUUUAGAUAAGGAUAAGUACUUUUUUAUUGUAUGUAUAAAUUGUCCGUUUAAAUAUUCACUAGUUUUAAUAAAAAUAAACUUAAUAGUAUAA